AUGAUAUUCCCUUCUAGAGAUGUUAUCCAAAAAGCUGCCAAAGAAUAUCAUUUACUGAGGCAGCAUGAGUUUUGUAACGAUGAGACAAAGAGUAGAACAUAUGCCAUCAGGUGCAAAGAUAUAAGGAGCAAUUGUAAGUGGAGAAUGCAUGCAUCACGACGGGAAGGAUGUGAUAUAUGGAAAAUUACCAAAAUUGACGGACCCCAUACAUGUGUUAAUCUAUCACUAUCACAAGAUCAUGUGCAAUUGGAUAGUAGAUUUAUAUCCGAGUUCAUCCAAGCUAUAGUAUGCGAACAACCAAGUGUCAAAAUAGCUGCGUUACAAGUUGAAAUUAAAGAUAAUAUAGGAUAUAUGCCGAGUUAUCGAAAGACAUGGAAGGCUAGACACGAUGCAAUUGUUAAGAUCUUUGGUGGUUGGGAGGAAUCUUAUGGAAGAUUGCGCCAAUUCAUGAAUGCCUUAUGCAAACAUAACCCUAAGUGCUCGUUUCUGAUUGAAGAUGACCCUCUUUUUGUUAAUAAUAAGUUAAAUCCCAAAUAUCGAAUUUUCGAUAGAAUGUUUUGGGCAUAUAAACAAACAAUUGAAGGAUUCAAGCAUUGUAGACUGGUUAUUUUUAUAGACUUGAUGUUUUUAUACAGAAAGUACAAAGGGUGUUUAUUUUGUGCAACGGUACUAGACGGCAAUAAUCAUAUUUUUCCAAUUGCAUGGGCAAUAGUUGAUUGUGAAAACACAAGGAAUUGGGAUUGGUUUAUGUCUUGUUUGAGGGUUUUUGUAACAAAUCAGAAAGGUAUUUGUGUUAUAUCAGAUAGGCAUAUUGCUAUAAAAAGGCAAUGCAGUAAGAUUGGUGGCAGCCUCCUGAUGGACAUCAUCGAUACUACUUAA